GAUGAGGGUACUAUCAUCUCGAAGAAGUACUCGACCACUUUGUAUAGCCACAUACUGUGGUUCUGUCUGGCCAGCAUAACACCGCUAGCACACUUCCUAAUAAAAAGCGUUCGAGAGAGCCUGGACAGGAUUCCGAGUCUGUACCAGGAUAUUUUUGAGCAACUUGUCGGAUGAGGGUGGAACUACUGGAAGCCAUGUCGCCGUGUACUUGCAAAAGAAGUUUAGAGAAUGAUCAGCUGGCUACGGGUGAGAUUCUACAUAGCUCACCAACCAGCUCAGCUAUCCACUAUCAGUUCUUUUUCUCAAAUAGUCAUACAUUUCUUCCAA